AUGGCGGCGCCGCUGCUGUCCCUCUCCGAGGGGGAAGGAGCCCGGGCGCGGCGGCGGGAGCAGCUCCGAGCCUGGGCGGAGGCCGAGGCGGCGGCGGCGGCAGCAGCAGCAGCGGCUGCUGCUUCUCUGUGCCCGGCCCCGCCUCCUCCGGGGCUGCCGGUGGCGGCCGAGAGCGAGGCUGUGCCCGCGGCGGGGAUGGGCUCCGGCGGCGGCAGAGGGCUUCGGCCCCGCGCCGUCCGCUUCGAGGCGGCCGCCGAGUUCCUGGCCUGCUGCGCCGGGGCCGAGCUGGAAGCGGCGCGGGAGAUGCUCAGCGCCGACCCGGGCGCCGUGAACGGGACCAACGCGGACGGCAUCAGCGCCCUCCACCAGGUACGCGGCGCCCCGAUGGCAGCUCCCCGCCUCCCUCUUCCUGCUUUUGCCGCCUUCCCAUUAAGCUUUUUCCUCUCCUUUCCCCUGGCCAAAAUAAGCGACAGGAUUUCAAAUCUGGAAACGUAACCCCUUAGCGGAAAAGGGUGCCUCUGAACGUGCGCAGAGCGUCUCCCCCCACCCCACCCCGGUUGAGACGUGUGAAGCAGGCUUCCCCCAACUUGGUGCACAUCAGGCGUCUUAGACUGCAACGAGCAUCAGCCCUGGCUGGCAUGGUUAAUGAUCAGGGGUGAUGGGAACUGCAGUCCCAACAACUAUAGGGCCAAAGUUUGGGGGAGGCUGGUGUAGAAAGUCCCUUGCCUGCAGCCCCGGCUUUGGUAUAACGAAUGUCAAGGCUUGGCUUAGGGUUAUAUGAUGAGAGUAGUUUUGAACAUCUAAGAAAUGCUCCCCAGCCCUUAUUUUUUUCUGUUGCCAAGGCCUGGCUGUGAAGUGUAUAGGGAUGGCCUCUGAGCAUCUGCAGAGUAUGUAUUCUCUGCCAUUAAGCAGCUGCAGCCAGCUCCACCCUAUCUCUCUCUACGCAUACACACAGGCUCAUGUGAAAUUAGAAGGAUCUGUUCCCUUUUAUCAGCUAAUGGUUGGGUAGGUUUGAACCCCAACAGCUCUCUGUAAGAUGAAUGCUGCUCCAGGUCCAUGCUCAAAAAUUGCAUUAUAUGAGGCUAGCAGUUGUGACAUUAAAAUGAAGGUUUGAUGAUCCCCCAGUUUGGCUAAGGAACGAUUUGCAUGAUAAAUGUUAAUGUAGCAGCUACCCAGUAAAUGGCAUUUGCACUGCCUGUGGAAACAUCCUCUAGGAGGUUUGUAAAGCACAUCUCAAUCACUUCUGGCCUGAGAUUGCUCUCGGUCACUAGAUUAAUUGAUUAAUUAUAUGGUACACACAUACAUUCUGCUUUUAUGCCAAGUCGCAACAGUAACCAUUCUCUCUGUCACGAAAGUGCCUGUCUUGGCUGGCAGCCAUUCUCCCAGGGUUCUCGGGUCCAGUUUAUUAAGCUCUAUUCUCACAGCAGAUGUCAAAAAUUCUGUGCCAAAUUCCAUGUAUCAGUAAGAUUGUGCUGAUGAUACAGAUGCUGUAGUGCUUUCCCUGAAAAACAUCCCUGGUUCAAACUUCAGCAAUUUCAGGUGGAAUUGGGAAAGACUGCUGUUUGAAACCUUGAAGAGCAGCUUCCAGUUUAGACAUUACUGAGCAGGAUGGACCAAUUGUUUGAAUAGAUAUUAGGCAGCUUCCUAUGUUCCUUCUUAAUAUAAUUCCACCUUUCACCUAGUGAUGUAAGUCACUUCCACUGUGCAAAGUUGAGCUGCUAGUUCCAUCACCAUCAUAGAGAGAUCAAAUGCCACCAUCUCUUAUUCUUUUACUGGAUAAAUGAUAACACAGCUCAGAAACCUUGCUAUGUUUGUAAGCAUAAAUAGAAAGGGUGGAAAAAACCUAUUUUCUACUGCACUUUAACAGCUACCAGUCUGCUCGUAGGACUUUGGAAACACCUAACUGCAGGCUGUUGUUCUGAGAAUGGUAUAUCCGGUGUGAAUAGAUACUGUAGAGUAUAUGGGUAAAAAUUGUAGGAGAGGGAAGCAACAGUGAGCUUACUGUAGUUGUAUGCUGUAAACCUCCAAGCCAGACUGAAGACUUGGAUGAUGCCUUCCUACAGCAGAUUACCAAACAUUCAAAAAGGGGAGAUAUAGUAGUCAUAGGAGACUUCAACUACCCCAAUAUCUAUUGGAACUCAAACUCUGCCAAUAAUGUAAGGUCCAACAAAUUCCUGUGUUGCCUCAUUGACAAUUUCAUUUCCCAGUAGGUAGAAGAAGCAACAAGGGGGUUAUCUAUUUUGGACCUUUUCCUCACCAACAGUGGGGAACUGAUCAAUGAAGUGGAAAUACAGGAAACCUAGGGAGGAAGAGAUUGUGGCCUCUUGGGUUUCAUGAUACAGAGGCAAGGAAAAGCUGAGUGUAGUCAGACAUGCAUUUGGGACUUCAAUAAUCGGAUUUCAGAAAGUUUAAGGAACUGCUGGGUGACAUACUACGAUCAGAAAUUCUCAAAAGAAAGUGAGUCCAAGGUGGAUGGGGGUGAAAUAUUGAAGGCACAUGUGCAGACAAUUCCAACAAGAAAGAAAUGUAACUAAAGAAAUGGAUGUGACUGCAUAAGGAGUUUACUGAUGAGCUGAGAUUUAAGAAGGGCGUGUCUAAGAAAUGGAAGGAAGGAGAAGUUGCAAUGGAGGAGUAUACACGAGUAUCCAACGGUUGCAGGGUGAAUGUCAGGUGAGCCCAAGCUCAGAAUGAGCUCCGGCUUUCAUGAGAGAUUGAAAAUAAUAAUAAAAAUGUUUCUUCAGCUAAGUUCAAAACAAGAGGAAAACAAGCAAGUGGUAGGUCCUUUGCAUGAGAAAUGCUGUUGAGUGGCAAAGAGAGGAAGGAACUGCUCAGCACCUACUAUUCUUUGUCUUCACCCAAAAAUAAAGCAGUGCCCAACCUGGUAAUGGCAGAAUAAAUAAUUACACGUAUCCAGGGGAAUGACUGCGUGCAAGCCUGUCUCCUGUGCUUGACACUGUAAAUCAGCCUUUGCCAAAUGUUGUGCCCUAUAUAUGUUUUUGGAAGGCACCAGGUUAUGCCUCUGAAUACCAAUUGCUGGGAAUUGGCGCUGGACUGAGUGCUGUUGUGCUCCAUGUCCAGCUUGCAGGCUUCCCAUGGGGGCAUAUGGUUGGCCACUGUGAGAACAUGUUGCUGGACUAGAAGCAUUGGCCUGAUCCACCAGGUUCAUAUUAGGUUGAGGUUAGCAGAAUAUCCUGUAUGAACGCUUCGUGAUUUAUGAAUGGUUUGGUCACACCCAACGACCAAACCACGGCCAUCCAGAUGUUGCUUUGGUGUCAUGCCUUCCCUCCUUCCCCUUGUAGUUCUCUCCAUCGCUACUUGGUCCAGCCAAAAUGUAUUUGCCGUUUUCAGAUGAAAUGGCAAGCCAUGCUGUGCCUGAACUAGGAAGUGAGGGAGGGAAUUUUAACUGCGGGGAGGCAGUGCGAGUCCAAGGCACAGUUCCAGGGUGUUAACUGAGCCUUGCGUAUGCUCAGAAGUAAAUCCCACUGUGCUCAUUGGGACUUACUCCCUAGUAAGCAUGUUUCAAGAUUGCAGCCUUAGUCUUGAUGUUAUUCUGUUGGCUGCGUGGAUGCAUUAUGCCCCACUUCUUUGCAGUUCCCACCGGAUUUAUCAUCCACAAAGUGUGCACAGUAUAGCUGUGUGUGGAAGAUCAGUUAUGCCUGAAACACAUUUCCCUUUCCUGGGUUUCUCAUUAGGAGGCUCUGGGACUGCUGUCCCCUUCCAUGCUCUUCUCCCGCCCCACAUACACACUCCUGGAUAAUUUUCCAUUACUUCAUUCUCUUGAUGCUGCUUGGCUCUUUGCCCUGGUCCCCAUCCUCCCGCCAUCUCCAAACACCAGUCUGUCAAACUCUGGCAGAGUGGGUGGUGGUGAAAGGAAUGAGUCUUGGUCUAGGGAGAAGAUGCAGCUUCUGCCCAUGUGAGGGGUUCUACCCUAGGAUUUAGAACUAAUCGGGGGGCGGGGAGGUAAAGGUAAAGGACCUCUGACAGUUAAGUCCAGUAGCAGACGACUCUGGGGUUGCGGCGCUCAUCUCGCUUUACAGGCUGAGGGAGCUGGCGUUUGUCCGCAGACAGUUUUUCUGGGUCAUGUGGCCAGCAUGACUAAGUCGCUUCUGGUGAAACCAGAGCAGCACACGAAAACGCCUUUUACCUUCCCACCGGAGCGGUACCUAUUUAUUUAUUUAUUAUUAUUUUUAAAUAAUAUUUAUUAUUUUUCCAAAAACUUAAACAGUAAAAAGGCAAUACAAUACAAUACAUUAAAUUAACAAAACAAAACAAAAACAAUAAAAUAAAUCAAACAAUUUCAUUAUCCCAUCUUUCAUUCACUUAUUUCCACGACCUCCUCACACCUUCCUUUUUGUAUUCCACUUCUGUUAAUUAUUUCAGCAAUUCCUUUCCAUCUUCCUCUGUUUUCUAUCCUAUAAUUAUCUUAACUCAUUCUAACCUUAUUUUUUCCUUUAAUGCUCUAUUAAUCUAUCUGUACUUAAUUCCUUAUAACAUUUCUGCUAAAGCCAUAUAACUUCAUUCCAACAUUUUUCUGACAUUCAUUAAUUUUACAAUAUUUUUGUAGAUAGUCUUUAAUUUUUUCCAAUCUUCUUCCACCGACUCUUCUCCCUGGUCUCGGAUUCUGCCAGUCAUUUCCGCCAGUUCCAUAUAGUCCAUCAACUUCAUCUGCCAUUCUUCCCGGGUGGGUAAAUCUUGUGUCUUCCAAUAUUUUGCAAUGAGUAUCCUUGCUGCUGUUGUUGCAUACAUAAAGAAAGUUCUAUCCUUCUUUGACACCAAUUGGCCGACCAUGCCCAGGAGAAAAGCCUCUGGUUUCUUCAAAAAGGUAUAUUUAAAUACCUUUUUCAUUUCGUUAUAAAUCAUCUCCCAGAAUGUCUUAAUCCUUGGGCAUGUCCAUCAAAGGUGAAAGAAUGUGCCUUCAGUCUCGUUACAUUUCCAACAUUUAUUUUCGGGCAAAUGGUAAAUUUUUGCAAGCGGUACCUAUUUAUCUACAGUGGUACCCCGGGUUACAGCUCUUCAGGUUACAGACUGCGCUAACCCAGAAAUAGUACCUCAGGUUAAGAACUUUGCUUCAGGAUGAGAACAGAAAUCAUGCGGAAGCAGGAAGCCCCAUUAGCUAAAGUGGUACCUCGGGUUAAGAACGCACCUCCAGAACGAAUUAAGUUCUUAACCCAAGGUACCACUGUACUUGCACUUUGACAUGCUUUCGAACUGCUAGGUUGGCAGGAGCUGGGACCGAGCAACGGAGCUCACCCUGUUGCGGGGAUUCGAACUUCCGACCUUCCGAUCAGUAAGUCCUAGGCUCAGUGGUUUAUACCACAGCGCCACCCGGGUCCCUAAUGGGGGAAGCCGCCUGCAAAUGGGUUGCUAAGCCUUUCAGAAAUGGUUUUGAUUUGGAGCAGGUCUCCAAGCCACAGAGCAUGAUGGAGGCACUUAACAUACCAAGAUUUCCGCAGGUGGCUUUGCAGAGAUUGGCCUCACUUAAUCCUGCUUCAAAAUAGAAUUAUGGAGAUGUGAUAGAAGUGAGUUGAGAUGUGAGGGUACUGAAGCACUUUGAAGAUUGAAAGUUUGUGCAUCCCACAGUUAUGGAAUUGCGGGGGCUGGAACUGGCUUCCUUUAAAAACACACACACAAAUGAAACUUUCUAGUCUUUAACAUUGUGAAAUUUCAGAAACCAGUGGGAAGGUUCAGGAGGGUUUCCUGUGGUGUUGGAGUAGUUCUUCAGUAUUCUUUUUUUAUAGCUCUUCGCUUCUCCCUGUGACCAGCUUGAAGCAAGAUAAGUGAUGUACUACGUUCAAACCUGUUUAUUUUCCACCAAUUUCAUUUAUACAGUUUGAGGAAUCCACAUUUUCCUAGGAGCAGGACUCGAUUUAACUUUGCAUUGAAACUUUUUCUUAAAAGCAAACUCUUGAGUAAUCACUGUGUGGAAUCUUUUAUAUAAAAAAGAGCCUGUGUAUUGUAGUCUAGUGGUUAGAGUGUCUGACUAGGACCUGGAAGCUCUGAGUCCAAAUCCCCACUUUGUCAUGAAGCUCACUGGGUGACCUUAGGCCUGUCAUUCUCUCCCAGUGGUAAAGGAUGAAGGGAGAACAACAUUCAUCUUAUACCUAUGGGCGCUCUCUUCAUUAACCAUUCAGUUCCCAGGUAUCUUUAGUGCAGGGCUGGGGAAUGUGCAGUCCCUCCAGUGUCAUUGGACUCCAACUCUCAUCAGUCUCAGCUAGUGUGGACAGUGGUUGAGCAUGAUGGGAACUGGAGUCCAAGAACAUCUAGAGGGCCACAGGUUCCCCAUCCUUCUUCUAACAGCUACAUAUGGCCAUCCGUAUUUAUGGUCAGCUGUCAUCCGGUUGGCCCCCACAACAGGAAACAUUUGCAUGAAAGCAAAACACAUGUUUUAUUUGUCCAGGCGUUGGGGUCAUAGGUGGCAGUGAUUUUAGUAAGGUGGCAGUGGUUUCAGUAUGAUGGCAUUACAGAUAAUUGUCAAUGCUAAGCUUAGUCAAAGUUGCUGCAAUCCUUUGGUUUUUAAUUAAUGGCUUUAACAUUGUAUUCUUACUGUGUGCAUGAACCAAUGUAGCGGUCCAUAAACUGAACAGGUUUAGGUUGUUAGCCGGAGGUGGAGCAUAAAACCAACCGACUAUCAAACAAACAAAUAAAAGACAUAGGUAGGGUUUAUCUAUUUGUUUCAUAAUGCCUGGCUGGAGAAUGGGGCACCCAUGGCCCCACUGAACUGCUGCUGUCUUCUCGUUUUCUAAGCUGAACCGAGAGCCUUGUCUUCUAGCUGCCUCCCACUUGGCUUCAGUCCUCUUGUUUCUUUGCAAACCCGUGAGUCCUCCGCUCGCCUUAUGUUCCCAGAGUUAUCCUUGUGCCUGUCCUCACUGCCGGGUUGUGCCUCUGAUGCUCCUCUGGCUUCUGGCCAGGGCAGAAUUUGGAACGGCCCAAACUUACUCUACCAUGUUCUGAGAACGGCAGGGAGUAUGGUGGGUUUUGAAGCCUGUUUCUGCAACGUGUUUUCCCUGGAUUUUGGAAAGGAAAAAAUAAGCCUGGGAGUUGGAUGCGGGACCAGUUUCCAAGGUGUAGCCAUAAAUAGGCAGCACGACGGGCAGGCAUGGGACUCUUAAGUUUUUUGUUUUGUUUAUUUAUCUUAUGUUCUGCUCAGAAGAGGGAAUGGGAAAGGAGAAGAGAACAAGGGCAGGAGACUCUCCUUCGUUGCAGAACUGCCGUGGGUUAGAUAACUGGCUUUCGCUCAGGCUAGUAGAUGUCAAGGAAUAAAUCUCAAAAUGGGUCGCAGGAACUCCAAAAAAAUUGAUACAAAAGGUGGUUCAUGACUAAACACAACAAAUCUACAUGUAAAAUAGAUAUAGAUAGAUGUGCACACAUGAGUGAUGGCCACUGUCGCAUAACAACGACAACAAUUUCUCCAAACACUUCAUGUGGUUAGACAAUAUCUCCUGGGUUGCAUCCUGUUUCAUACCUCACCAGAACAAAAAUGGAGAAUUUUGCACAGAUGGCCGCUGUAGAACCCCUUAUGGCCUCUUGUUUGAUUUUUUUCAAAAUUAUGUAAAUCUUGCUCAUUUGGUAUAGCUCUGCCACAAGUGCUUAAUUGUCUUCUAAGUACUUAGAAAUGAGAGAGUAUCAGAUUAGGUUUUCCUAAUGUGUUAGAAGAAUCCUCAGUGCAAGGGCAGAGAGGCUAAUGCAUUCAGAUAUACCAACAAUAUCAUCAAAAUUCAGAAGACCCUAUACAUCUUAUGCCAUAGAGGGCUUUUCAUCAGGGGACUAUUCGUAUAUUUAGAUUCUAAAUAUGAAUAUUUCCCUGACGAAGGGCUUUUGGAAGGUACAGUUUUUGGAACAAACAAGUUUAAAUAAAAGUCAGCUCCCCUCUGAAUUCCAAAGAAUGUACCUUCUAAAUAUACAUGGUUCCCUUGACUUUUCUCAGGUGGGGGCUGCUGCUGAGAGGAGAGACUUGGGGUGUGGCAGAGACUUGGCCACGGUUUACCUCCAUGUUGCCUCUCAUGGUUCCACUAGGGUUAAAGUGGAGGUGCAGAGCUUGAGAAGGAGGAUUCCUGAACUCAUUGCGAAGAAGCAGGGCCUAACAAGGAGAAAUGUAGCUCUUUCGCAGCACAGCCAGUCAGGGAAUGUUUCCGAAGAGCUUCAGCCAACACCAGCCGGUCUCUCUUGUUUGUGGAAAAUGAAAUCUUUGCAUUCCAGGCAGUGGCUAUUAAUAUCAGUGCUCGGCUGGUUGGGUGAAACAGCCGACAUCUUUCUCCAUGCCUAGUAACUCCUUGCCUAGUUGCACCCAGGCUGCGGGCAAGGAUGACGGCAUGGGGUCUCUUUGUCCCAAAGCCCAUGCAAUGGAGGGUGGGAGCAGGGAGAAAUUCCAGUGCGUCCCUUUCUCUUCAGGGGGAUCCAGUCAUAAGUCCAGAGUCGGUACAGUUUGAACCAGGGUUCACCCAAACCCAGCCUUGGAGCCCAAUUGGAACACAGUGAUUAUCCUGGAUAAAUGGUUUGAGAAUUUUAAAAGCAACAGGCUAGAUCAAGGGUAAGGUGUAAAGGAAAAGGACCCCUGACAGUUAAGUCCAGUUGCAGACGACUCUGGGGUUGCGGUGCUCAUCUCGCUUUACAGGCCGAGGGUGCCAGUGUUUGUCCGCAGACAGUUUUUCCAGGUCAUGUGGCCAGCAUGACUAAGCCACUUCUGGCAAAACCAGAGCAGCGCACGGAAACGCUGUUUACCUUCCCGCCGGAGCGGUACCUAUUUAUCUACUUGCACAUUUUUGGUGUGCUUUCGAACUCGAACUGCUAGGUUGGCAGGAGCUGGGACCGAGCAACGGGAGCUCAUCCCAUCGCGGGGAUUUGAGCCGCCGACCUUCUGAUUGACAAGCCCAAGAGACUCAGUGGUUUAGACCAGUGUUUCCCAACCUUGGGCCUCCAGCUGAUUUUGGACUACAGUUCCCAUCAUCCCUGACCACUGGUCUUGCUAGUUAGGGAUAAUGGGAGUUGUAGUCCAAAAUCAGCAGGAAGCCCAAGGUUGGGAAACACUGGUUUAGACUACAGCACCACCCGCGUCCCAGAUCAAGGGUAGUCGACCUGAUAUCUGUCCAAUUUUGCUGGACUACAGCUGCCUUCAUCCCUGACCAUUGACCAUCCUGGCUGGGACUGAUGGGAGUUGGAGUCCAACAACUUCUGGAGAGCACUACGUUAGUUGACUUUAAGCUAGAUUGUGUGAUUUGUCUCUUAAGUGUCUUUUCUUUCUCACACUAGCAAAUGCAGACUGUCAGGGAGGGACCAUUUCUCUUUUCUUUUUUUAAACUGCUUUAUUGGUUUUAAAACUGUAUAACACAAAUAGUCAAUAGAUGUUAAAGACAAAGUAAAAAUAAACAAACAUUCAUUCCAUAGUUGAUACUUGUUGUGUACAUCAAUUUGCGAUUAGAUUCGGCAUGACCUCUGAUCUCCCCAUUGUGUUCCCAAAUUACAUUCUUUAGUUACACACUUAACUUUAUCUUCUCUACGUUAUUCUAAUUACUUUAAAUUUAUAAAGUUGUCCUAUUACACACAGAAACUUAGUCAAGACCUGCCAACGGAUUGAUAUCUUGGCAGUGUUCUUUAAGGUAGACUCUAUAUAUCCCACUCUCUGGUAAAUUUUUCAUCUGUAACGGCUCGUAGUUUGCUGAUAGUCUCACUAGUUCAGCAUACACUCUCAAUUUAUUUUGCCAGUCUAAUUUGGAUGGGAGAACUCCCUUCCAGCCUUUUGCGAUUAGAAUUCUGGCAGCUGCUGUGACGUACAUGAAAACUCUCCUGAAGUUCUUUGAGAUUUCGUUACCCUUAAUUCCUAGCAGGAAGUCUUCGUGCUUUUUAGGGAAAGAGCAUUUAAACAUUUUCUUAAGUUCAUUAUAGGUCAGGCAAGUCGAAAGUCUGUUUUGGGGGCUUAAUCUGGCCUCUGUGGCAGUUUAUUUCCUGGGGUAACCCCCCCCAAAAGCUCAACACGCAUGUUGGCCCUGACGCAUGUUCACUUCAUCAAAUCUGGCCCUCUUUGAAAAAAGUUUGGGCACCCCAGAUCAUUUUCCAACACUCUGAUCUUUUUACAGUUCCACCACAUGUGGAUCAAUGUGCCUUCCGCCUCAGGGAGGGACCAUUUCUCAUUGGGUAGAGCACAUGUGUUACCUGCAUAUCCUGUCUUCAGUUAAGGGAUCAGAUGGCGGGAGAAGCCUUACUCUGACUAGGAUCCUAGAGAGCUGCUGUUAAUCAGGGUAGUUGUUGUAGGUUAAGAUGGUUAAAUCAACUCUCUCCAAAGAACCUAGGAGUCUUUUCUCCUUAAUACUCUUCAGAGAGGACUCUGGAAUCUGAUCUCCCAGUUCUCCAUGCUUUCAUUCACUUGGUGUUUCUCUUUUUUGAAAAUAACUCAAGAUGACCCAAAUUCUUACUUCAAGGCUGCUUGAUACGAUACACCCACAUAACUGUCGCUUGUUGCCUGAACCAGUUUUAUUCUGCGUGGUCUCUUGACUGCAAAUCCAAAGCCUGUUAUUAAAGGCAGAUGAAAUCUAGCAGAAGCUGCUGCCUUCAGUUCUGACGUCUUUUGUGUUGGAAGCAGAAAAGUAGCGCAGCUGCAUAUUCCUGGCACUCGAAAAGACAUCAAAGGCUCUUUGGUCCAAAUUCUCUUCCUUUAACAACGCCUCCCCCCCCCCCCAAAAAAAUAUAUAUAUACUUAAACUACUGCUCAAAAGAGGCUGCAGGUCUCUGUGACACUUUUUUUGAGCAUGUGGAAUCCUGCAGCACAUCUGCUGUUCGGCAUAGAAUGCAGAUCCGUGAGAAUCUGAAUUUAAUCUUUUUGUUGUUGUUGAAAAAAGAAAAGCUGGUUACCCCUUUGCAUUUUUAGGUGGAUGUAAUGCGGCUCUCCUUUGCACAUAAUGCCACCAAAUUAUGGUUGACGCUACACAAAAAAACAUUGUUUGUGUGCUCCCUGAUGCAUUGUUUCAUCUCUAAUGUAAUUAUUUCAUCUUUGGCCCAAGCCACAGUUGGCAUUUCGCUCCGGUUCCCCGGUUAGAGUGCAGCCCAGUUGAUGUUGUAUCUGAUCCAAGACAAACUGUGGUUCACUGUUGCAUCCAAACCAGCAAACUGUGGCUUUCAGUUGCAAUUUAGAGGGCAUGUACAAGCCACAGUUUGCUGGUUGUGGUGUAACAGCAAAACAUGGUUUGGCUUCUGGAUCGAGCACACCGCCGUUAUGGACUGUGCUGUGAGUGGGGAAGCUAUGGUCCUUCUUUGGUUUUAUCCAUCUGCUCAUGUGAUAUAUCUCAUUUCAUUUUCCCCUGCCUUCACCGGGGGACUUGUGCCGCCUAAUGAGUGGAGCAGAGACACAUUUUUCAAAAACUGGCAGCUCCUAACUUGUGCUAAACUGAAAGUCAAACGACCAACCACUCCCCUGUGCAACUUGUAUAAAAUACAUCAAAACAUUCUAAGCGGAGCUCAUGUUGCAUAGAGACCAAGAGACUUAAGCUAUGAAUCAGGAACUGCCUGGUUCGAAUCUUGCAGUGAACUUACUGGGUGGCCCCUCUCUCUCUCAGCCUCAGUUCAUCCAUCUGUAACAUGGGGCAUUGUAAUAAACUUACCUUGCCAUAGGCAAUGCACACGAACGGCUUUGAACUCUUGAAAGUGCUAUGCCCAUGUUUCCUGUUGUUUUUAUUGCAUGGCUGGGAAAAGCCACAUCUCAGCUGGGCUGAGAUGAAGUUGCCUUCAAAUGAGCAACCAAGUGACAAACAGCAUCUGCUGCUUAUCCACUGCCGCCCUAGCACUGCGAUACAUUUCCCAAGCCAGGGAGAUGUAAUGCCAAAGUUUUGGUGCCUCCUGCAGCUUUCUCUCCCAACCCCUUAAGAUUACUGUAUUUUUUGCUCUAUAAGACUCACUUUUUCCCUCCUAAAAAGUAAGGGGGAAUGUGUGUGCGUCUUAUGGAGCGAAUGCAGGCUGCGCCACUAUCCCAGAAGCCAGAACAGCAAGAGGGAUUGCUGCUUUCACUGCGUAGCGAUCCCUCUUGCUGUUCUGGCUUCUGAGAUUCAGAAUAUUUUUUUUCUUGUUUUCAUCCUCCAAAAACUAGGUGCGUCUUGUGGUCUGGUGCGUCUUAUAGAGCGAAAAAUACGGUAAAAGGCACAGAGAGAGCAGUAAAUAGCAGCCACACUUUUUGUGCAUUUGAGAAAGGGAAGGGGGUGCUUGCUGUGUCUGUACUUUCCCAAGUGAAGUUUGGGAAUGGGCUGCGUUGGCCUUUUCAGACCUGGGAUGUGCAUUUUAGCCAAACAUGCAUUUUGGAGACCCUCUUCAGAAUUUCUUACCAGGUCUUGCUAGUGGCUCUGCUAUAGUUCCCCUUAUCUGACUGCAUCCCAUUAGGAGACCUGGCCCACUGGUUGAAGCCCAAUGAUGUCUGCACCCAGGUUGUAAGUCCAGUUGAACUUACAACCAAGUAUUUAAAGGUUAUUUUACCCGUGUAUGACCAGCCUCCUGGAAUAUUGGAAAGACCUGCUUCCUGCCUCCUGGGACUCUCCAGAUGUUGCCCAGCUAUGGCUCCUAUCAUCCCCGAAGAGUAAUUUCAGCAGGGUGUACAGCUUGUCAUGCAGAGAUAAAAGAAGCAACAUCUGUUAAAUUCCCCCUUCUGCAAAGCAGUUGUUGGUUCAGAAGGUCUGCCCCCCCUUUGCAUCUGGUCACCAUCCCCCCAUCUGUCCUCUUGGGAAAAGAGAAAAAGGGCAAACAGAAGCACUCUUCCUUCCUUUUUAAAGAGAUGGUGAUAACGCCGCCAUGUGACUCGCUUAUGGAUCGCGGCAAUGGGUGGGAGUGGGGCCUGGACACCAAAGGAUAUUCUACUCUCUUCCCCAAAUGUUCAGCUUACUAGCUGCCGCCACCCGUUUUUCUCUUGAAAGUUUUUUUGGGGUGUGUUCACCUGUGGAUAAGGAAAAGCAUUAAGGCAGGAUUCUCCCUCCUUGCUCAAGAAGUACCGUAUUUUUCGCUCUAUAAGACGCACCACACCAUAAGACGCACCUAGUUUCUGGAGGAGGAAACCAAGAAGAAAAAUAUUCUGAAUCUCAGAAGCCAGAACAACAAGAGGGAUCGCUGCACAGCGAAAGCAGUGAUCCCUCUUGCUGUUCUGGCUUCUGGGAUAGCUGCGCAGCCUGCAUUCGCUCCAUAAGACGCACAUACAUUUCCCUUUACUUUUUAGAAGGAAAAAAGUGAGCCUUAUAGAGCAAAAAAUACGGUAGCUGGAUUCUCCUGCCUACCAUUUGUGGGGGGAUGUUUGCAAAAGAAUGCACAGGGUUAACUGGUCAGCAGUGGGCCCUACAUUAUAAAAUUAAAUCAUAUUGUACCCCUAACACAACUUAACUAUUAACACAUGAGACUACCUGUAUUUGUGCAAAUACCAGCGACUUUGUGGGCCAUCCUGUUAGGCCUCCUGCCCAAUGACAGCAUUGUCUUUCCAGCCUCUCUUUGAAACCCUACAUGGCCAGGAAUUCAUUGUGUGGCUUUCCUGAGCAGCUUGUUCCUGAGCUGCAAUCCUCUUAGCAUUAGGAAGCUUUUCUUGAUGUUUACCUAAAACCUGCCUCCCUACCAGGAAUUCUCCCCACCACCAAUUGACAUCGCAUUUUGGAGCACUGAGCUGGUUUGGAGACUGUGCAGGCUCCCAGAAUGGAGCUCACAGCUGCUUUGCUCUUGCCUUGCCUUUUUCGCUGCAGUGCCAAGGCUUAGUUUAGCGUGCCGUCCGAAUUGGGACUACCGGUUAAGCUCUGUCUUCAUGGUUUGUCCUUGGCUACAGCUUACCGUUAGCAAGGAGAGAGCUUAACCGCGAAUUCCAGCUCAGGCGACGCGCUAAGACGAACCUUGGCUCGGCUUAGCACAGCAGUUGAAAAGACCAGGAAGGGGGAAAGCGGCUGCAAGCUCUUCUUCUGAAGCCCAUGCAAAGUUGCUAAGUUGGUGGAGCGUGUUGUGUGAAUCAGGCUGCCAAUAGAGGUGGGGAUUUUCCUGGGCCGGGGGGGGGGGGAGAUGAACUGGGAAGAUUUUCUUAUGCAAAUUAGGAUGGUUUGCAUAGUAUUUGUGUGUGUGUGUGUGUGUGUGUGUGUGUGUGGUUUGCAUCAGAUUUUUUUCUGAUGCCGAGAUUAGAUUUAGCGUGCUUAUCUUCUAUCUGGUAAACAAAGCUUUAGAAAAAGUAUCCGCGUGUCACUUUUUUGUCCUAAUACACCACAAACAUUUGACCUGGAGUAUCUGAGGAGAAAUUAAACCACACUUACUUCUUGUGGUUUGAAUGUGGUAUCAUGUAGCAAUUUGUAUUGCAAUACAGUACUUGUAAAAAAAAUGCAAUGGCAAUUGGGUGUGCUUCCUAUACAUUGUUUGUUUAAAUAGGAAAACAAAAGUGCUGAAAACUAAUAAAUUUUGGCAGCUGAAAGAACUUUGCCAGAUAUGCUCAUUUUCAUCCUCACAAGGUAUAAUCACCUGGAAAACAUUAAAAGCAGCUUUGAAGCUGACAAGCUUGCCUCGUAUUUGUACUUGUCAUCCAUUUACUGUUACUAAUGAGUCUAUGAAAAGGAAGGAUUUUUACUGGCAGAAAAGUAAAGCACUUGGGGAGGAAUUUCAAAAAAAAAAAUCUGCCCAAACCAUUGACUAUAAAAUUCCCAGGCGGCUGGGGUGUUAUUUGGCCUACCAAGUGGCAAAUAAAAAGCUCUGAAGGGGUUUGUGGCAUUCACUGCCCUUCUGCUCAGGGGCUGCCAGCUUCAGUCAUCAUCUGCAUUGCAUAUCUAGGGGACAGUGGUGCAAUGGGACAUUUCCUUGUGGCACCAGGAAAGGAGGGCAAGGUGCUGCGUGGGGCAAGGGAGAACGAUAGGGAAGUGCUCUUUUUGCUCAGGGGAGCGAAGGUUCCUUAGGAACAUGAGAAGCUGUGUUCCACCCACAUCAAACCAUUGGUCCAUCUAGCUCUGUAUUGUCUACACUCUAUGGUUUCAGACAGGCAGGAGACUUUCCCAACAUGGAGAUGCCAGGUAUUGAAUCUGGGACCUUCUGUGUGCAGAGAACACGCUGUACCACUGAGCUUUGGCCCUGUUGUGGAGGAGAGAGAAACGGGGAGCUGGGAGCUUCCUUGCGACAAGUCUUCUGUCUUUUCCAGGCCUGCAUUGAUGAGAACAUGGAGGUGGUGGAAUUUCUGGUGGCAAACGGAGCCGACGUGAACCAGGCUGACAAUGAGGGCUGGACUCCGCUGCACGUUGCUGCUUCCUGCGGCUACAUUGAGAUUGCACAGUGAGUUUGGGGCUGCAGGGGAGAUGGCCUUCCAAAACCAUGCCAGCUCACAGAUAACUUUAUUGGCCUUGCGGUAGAUAAACGCCUUUUGCCUGAAGUUAUUACAGUAAUAAAUCCGCAGGCCGGUCUUUCAGUGCUUCUCACCUGGGGCUGAACGGCAGUCACAAAACCUGCGCCCUUCCCAACACAGGGUAGCCGGAUGCAGACGGGGACAGGGCUCCUGUCCAGAUUAGCAGGUGCCAGUCAUCAUGCACACAACUAUCUAAGGCGCAGGGGGAGGUUGCGGAAGCCUAGGGCAGCCCGCAUUAGGCUUCAUUUCUGAGUUGGUGGUCCUUUCUCCCCAUCGGCAUUUGAAAGGGAGGGAGGCUUACUGUCUGCAAUCAGGAGGCAAGGGCGCAAAGGAUUCCGGCGCUUGGCAACUGUCGCCCCACGAGACGGGCUUUUUUUGUGUGGUCUAAUCCAGGGUUGCAGGGGUGGGGAGCUAAAUGGGCCCAUGGAUCUGACCCUGGGCAUCACUGUCUGGCCCAGAUACCUCUUGGACCACGGUGCCAACAUCGCUGCAGUGAACAGCGACGGGGACGUGCCAUUGGACAUUGCGGAGGCUGACAACAUGGAGGCCUUACUGCGUUCGGAGAUUGGGAAGAGAGGUAAGGAGAGAGCAGGCUGCCGCGCAUGGUGUAGCUCUGCUUCCUCUAAUGCUCUGUCCCUCUGUAGACCCUUUCGGGGCUUCACCAGGCUUCUCCAUCAGCCCUCCAGGUUGCUGGGUUUCCCCCCUUCCUUAGGGGUCGGUGCUGCAGAAAGAUUAUAGAACCAACUUUGCAGGUUUUCACACACACACCCAGACACUCAAAUGGAUUAAUUAAAUGGAUCCUGGUUUACACCACAGGGUUGUAAUAUACGGCCCAUCAAAAUAUUUUCAACUUGGAUUAUUUACUGCAGAUAGAGCGAAACGACGACUUCCAAAACCUGUUAAGUUCUCUGGCUGGAACAGUUUAAAAAUACAGUGUCUACUAAGAUUAUAUUUGCACAUAUUUGCUUACUGUACAUAAUUUAUUCUGCAUCGAAACCCAGUGAAGGUUAAGGAUGGGGAACCUGGGACUCCCCAGAUGUUGCCAGACUGCAACUCCCAUCAUACCUGGCCAUUGACCCAUACUGCCUGGGGUUGAUGGGAGUUGCAGUCCAGCCUCAUCUGGAGGGCCACAGGUUCCCCAUCCCUGAGCCGUAUGUGUAUGAUGUAAUUUUGCCCUCCACCCAUAAUUACAUCAUGCACAAAUUCCUCAAAGCAAUGAUGACUACGUGUUUUUUUGGAAGAGGAAGGACUUUAAAAGUAUCCAGUUGCUAGGAUUCCUCGGCAUCGUUAGGAGAAGACAUAUUUCUUCGCAGCUCUCUAGUGCGGCCACAGCUGUUCAGAUUCGUAGUCGUCGCCUUCUGGGCUCUCCCGUGAUGCCUCCUCCUCCUUUUCAGGGAUUGAUGUAGAAGUAGCCAAGCGAGAGGAGGAGGAGGUGAUGCUUCGUGACGCACGCCAGUGGAUGAACGGUGGGAAAAUCUCUGACGAGCCGCACCCCAAAACAGGGGCCACGGCCCUCCACGUGGCAGCUGCCAAAGGCUACAUUGAGGUCAUGAGGUGAGAGCCUGCUCCUCGAUUCCCCCAGCCCCGAGGGACGUCCAUUCUGAGCACAAAAACCCUUUGAUAAAUCCCCUUUUGGAGCAGGAAAUGGGAUCCCGUGUCUCCCUCUCACAGUUUUAAGCUAGAUGUCGAACGUCAUAGAAGCACGUAGGUUUACAAAAUGGCUGCCAACAUCACACCUCAGGUUCCUAUUUGCCUCAACAGGUUUGGGCACUUGCCAUACCCACUCUCCCAGCCCAGGUGGUUAGUUGCGCCACUUCUUCUGAUUCCCCCCCCACUCCAUGCCUUGCCAAACAUCCCCUGAGCAAAGGCGGGGCCUAGGGAAAAGCGUAGGCCAAGUCAGUGCCAGUCCCCACCCCAGCCUCCUGAUGGUGACUCGGAGCCGAUAAGAAUCCAGGAUAUCGGCAUCCUGCUCCCAGCCAUCUUUCUUUGAACAUUUGGACCCCUCCCCUCAAAAAAGAAGAAAAGAAAAAGAGUGGGGACCCCAUGAGGUUUCCAGCAAGUUCCAUCCACGCUGCUUCUCUAACUUACUCGCUCUUCCAAAAGUCCCAGUCUCCUGUCCCCCCUGUUCUCCCUGCCACGAGAACCUCAAAUUCCUGGCCCUUAGAUAUGUACCUCACAGAAGAAUUGAGGAGAAUUCUUGUCCCUGGAUAAUUUGGGACCCUUGAGUUCUGUAUCUCCCUUGGACCACUGUCCCCACCCCCACCCCCAGCCCUCACAGAAGACCCUGUAGCUCUUGUAUCCAGCACCAUCUUUGCUCUGUCCCAUCCAGAGUCUGCCUUUCCCCUCUUUUGUCUAUUAAUAUCUAGCUUUCCCAUAAGGCACCCUGCCCGCAGUCCAGGAAACCCCUGACGGCUGCUUUCUCUUGCCCUGUUGCAGGCUGCUCUUGCAGGCUGGAUAUGACCCCAAUGUGCAGGACAAAGACGGCUGGGCUCCCUUGCAUGCGGCAGCCCACUGGGGAGUGGAGGAGGCCUGUCGCCUCCUGGCAGAGCACUUCUGCGACAUGGAGGCCCUCAACAACGUGGUGAGAGCAAAGGAGGUGGCUGGUUGUGUGUGUGGGUGUGUGGGUGUGUGGGUGUGUGUGUGUGUGUGUGUGUGUGUGUUGCAGAACCCAGGCUUCUUGUGGCUCCAGUUAGAAGAGCCCACACAGCAGGGCUGGAGAGGACUUGGUGUUGCCCAAGGCAUUGGAAAGGCCCUGCCAGUCCGAGUAGGUUGGCUGAGCUAAGUGGCCCAGCACUCCAGCCUGGUCUCAGGCAACUUCAUAUGUUUGCAACUGUUCUUGGUGCAGAGGGGUUUCUAGGACAGCAAAAUGAGGACCGUCACCAGAUUUUAAGGAAAUUUUAAUGGACUAGUGUCAAAGCAUUCUGAUGGGUCAGUUAAUUGACUACAUCUGUAUACAUUUUCUUUUGAAUAAAAAUAUGGUUCUGAAGGAGGGGAAAACACCAGGUUGUUUUUAGAUGGUGCGUUGUUUUAGAUGGUGUCACAGCCGAUACCGUUGUGGACGAGGCUUGCUCUCUUUCACGAGGUGAAGGGAAAAUACCUUUUCUGAAAUGCCAUCUGCAUUUUUUUUAUAAUUGUGUCCUAAGCAGGUUGUUUAAAAUAAAUUAAAAUGUUGCCUCUUAAGGUUACAGAGUUUUUUGUUUUAUUUUUUAAAAAAGAAAUAGAUUAUUAUUCUGCGUUGUUCAGUUAAAGGUUUACAAAACCAAAACCCAAAGGGGGAAGGAGAUGUGGGAGGCUGGAAUUCUAAAUCUGCUGACUGCAGCCACAAAUAGAAGCUUGUGGAUCCUGCAAAAUGCUGAAGGAAGGACAGAGACCUGGAAAGGCUUGACUUGGUUGUGGAGUACGACAGAGGAGAACGUUUUGAAAUGGCUGGGGAUGUUUCUCCCAUCUUCGAGGGUUUUUCCCCCCCUUAAGCUGUGAGAGGGUAGCCCCUUAUUUCUCAUUCCCCUCCCCUCUAGAUUAUUUUCUGAAAGGGCUACCCCCUUGCUUAGAACCAGAAGCUCUCCAUUUGUGGGUUUAUUUCCUCCCCUCAUUGAAAACAGCAGCCAGUAAUUCUAAGCAGGUGGGGAAUCGAGUGUAACUCGUAGAAGCCCUGGAUGUUGCUUUCUUCAGUGGGUGGAUGGGCUUGGAGGAGGGAGGCAGGCAGGACAGGUGGCGAGUUGAAAGAAGACGCAUCUACACCAGAGGGAAGCUGCUUCACCCACCAUGUUUCCCAGUUUUAUUCUGAUGGCAAACCGUGACGAAAGGAGCCCUUCUCAGCCCCAGCUGUUUCCUCCCCAUCCUAGGGCCAGCGUCCCUGCGACCUUGCGGAUGAGGAUACUUUGGCUCUGCUCGAGGAUCUCCAACGCAAGCAAAUUGACGUGAGUGACUUUUCUUCUUACCCUUCUCUCCCCCCACCCCAGUGUGUGGCAGAUACAACAGAAUCAGGACUGCUGCCUAGGGUCUGUGCAGAAAGCGUGUGGCGCAUGGAGCCCUCGCUCUUGUGUGGAGCUAGACAGCGUUUGAACGCCUUGUUUCUGGAAUGGGAGGGAAACCUUGCAGGUGCCAAUUUGAGGAGUUGGGCUGAGGGAGGAGCUGCUUUGGGGGAAGCUUGCAAGACCCCUAGUCCCAAAUAGAAGCUGCUUGUGCCCCGUCAUUGCUGCUGUCAAUCCCAUUAAGAGGCGGUUGUAUGGGUGGCAUUGUGCUGUGUGCCUGCUUCACAAAUGUCUCGUGCUAAAAUCUGAGGUACAAAAAGGUGUCCCUGAGCCAAAAAACCCCAGCCUCUUGACCCUUUUCACAGGCGGGUCCUUGUGGCUCCCACCAUCGGCAGUUAGUCAGGCAGCGACGGAGGAAGAAGCCAUUUGCUUCUUCCUCCAUCAGCUCCCUUAGGGCUGCUCACCUGGCACCUCACCUGAUGAGUUUUAGGUGCCAGCUGAAGACAUUUCAUUUGCCCAGGUGCUUAAUGAAUAGUUGCAAUUUAUCUAGGACUCCCAUCUUAACAGCUGUUGUUGUGUGUGUGUGUAUAUAUAUGUGUGUGUUUACAUAGAAGCAUGUACACACAAACAAUAUUUUAAGAGGUUGUGUGCUAAUUCAGUAAACUUCAGGGGUAAUUUUUCUCCUGCCCUCCCCAUCACCCUUUAUUGGGUGCAUUAGGACAGACAAAAGUUUCUUGCAAUGGUUGACUAGACUCAUCCAGACCUGUGUAACCUUUGCAAUUUUAAAAAGACCAUAAUUCAGCACCAAGUGGAGCUGAUUUCUGUGCUGGCUAUGUAUAUGGCAUGCAAAUGAAGCAGCAGCCUAUAUUUUCUUUGUGUAACUGUUUCCUCUCAUCAUGGGGGCAUGGGUUAAAUUGUUGUUCCCUUCCCAGAAUUUUUUUUCGAUUGACUUUUUUGAAAUAAAUAAAAAUGCUUGAGGGGUGCAGGGGAGGCUCAGUCUUGGUUAAUGUUAUUUUACACGGCCUUCCUACCUUGUGCAGCAUCAGCCACAAGAGCAGAAAGUAGAGAGGAACGGCAACGACCCCACAGGGCAGGAGGUCAGGGAGUGCGGCCAGUCCUGCCUGUCAGCUUAAUUUGAGUUUCACCAGCCCAGGGCAGCGUUUCUGAAACCGCAGGGUGGGCCUCCUCGGAGCGGCGGCUGCUGGCGAAGCCCACACGCCUCCCUUUUCCAGCGCUCCCGGCAAAAACCUUCCGCGGCGAGAGAGGCUUGUUCCCAAGGGGAUGGAAAGCAGCAUGGGCUUCUCCCACCCGCCUGUCAGCUGCAUGCUCUUUUUCCACCAGUGGACUGAAACCAGAUCAGCCUCCAGGCCCUUUGGAAACCUUUUAAGGUCUUUCCUCCUUCCCUCUGGGAGUUUUCCUGUGAGAACCAAUCUUGAGAGAGCCAGGUUGUAAGCCAUAGAGAGGGAAAGAAGCCUUGGCACACAGGACACGUGAAGAAGCAAGGAGCUGGAGCAGCGUCCCAACAGGCAAAGGCCUGGAGCAGCCCUGACCCACCUGGCCCCUUCCAGGUGUUGUUGGAGGGCGCUGGCUGGGGAUGAUGGGAGUUGUAGUCCAACAGCACCUGGAAGGCACCAGAUUGGCAAAGCCUGGCCUUAAAGCGUUUGGGGCGUUUUGAUUUAGAGGGACAUGGUGGAGGUUUCCAAAAUCACGUGUGGCAAAGGCGAGAAGCCUGUGGUGCCCUCCUGGGUUUGUUGGGUCUCCCAUCUCUUAUCAUCUCCAGGCAGCGUACCAGAUUUGAGUCCAGGUUGAUUCACAAGCUGCUUUGAGAGCCUUUUGCGGUUGUAGAGCAGAACAUAAGUAUUGUGUCACUGGUUUCACGUCAUGACGGCUGUCUAUGCUGCCUCCACUUCCAGAGAACAUAAUGUAAUACUGAAUACUUGGGGGUGGGGGGGAAGGUUGCUGUCAUUUCCUCUUUGUAGGCAUCCCUGGAGCAUCUGUCUGGUUGCUUCGGGAACAUGAAAAGAGCCCUGCUUGAUCAGACCAAAGGAACACCAGUGUCCACUCUUCUGAUCCAGCAAGGCUCUUCCUGUAUCCAUGACCAUCCCUGUGGCGGACCUUUCUUAGCUCCUAAGCCGUGCAAGAACUCUGCUCCUUCUCGGCUGCACUCAAUGCAAAUGCCAACUGUGGGCACAUCAGCGCUUUAUUUUCCCAAACACAUCGCCCUCCCCCUUAAAUUCAGCAGCAGCGUUUCAGCGUGAUUCCCACAGACUGUUCAGUGCAGAUCUCAGCCAUUACUGCUCUUCUGCAUUUGGCGGAUCCCUUGAAGAAAGCAGAAGCUUUGGGGCAGUGCUCUUGCCCCAGGUAUGUCUGCCCAGAAGGGCAGGUGCCAUUGCCCUCUGCUCCCCUGGCAAAAUCUGUUCAUUAUUACGAAGGUCACAUAGCCAAAGGGAAUGAGAGCUUGACCCUCACCCCCCAUCUCUCUCCCUAACCUUCAGCUACGCAGCAAGAAGGAAGCUCACCUGAAGCAGGCAGUGAUUGACACCAGCUUGGAGCAGCCCCCAUCGUACACGAGCAAGCACCGGAGGUGAGGUGUGGGCAUGGGGGGCAUUUGUCUCUUAGGUUCCCAACCUUUUAAUGCCGCAUUUCUGGUUCUAAAGUCCACAGCUUCCACCCUUGUACCCAGCCGUCAUUUCCCACGAGUUGGUAAAGGCCCUGGCUUGCAGCUCUGUCGGCUAUCGGUUCUUUAAUCUAGGAUGCAGCUUAUUAUGGCUCAGCGGUAUGGGAACAGGCGCAUGUGAACCCCACGCCAAGUACACGUUGCAAAACGGGUUUAGAGAGAAGUCUUUAUUUGGCGCACAGCAAGUUUGGCAGCCCGGUUUGCUGCAGAAGUGUUUACUGUUACAGACUGCAGACGUCAGGUUGGGCUAUCCAACUGUUUUGUGGUUACAGACGUCGAGCCUGUACAAAUUGCAAGUGUCUCCUGUCGUCCCACAAACAUUAGCAGGGAAGCAAAGCCUCUCCUGUUAGCAGGAAGCAUCGGCUCGCUUGCCUCAAACUUGCGUUGGUUGGGCAUUUCGUUACGAGACGUCACCAAGGCAACCUCGGUGGUUGUUUUCUAAAAGCAAGCCAUGCGCUAGCUCGCGCAUGUUCAGACAUGGAGGCCAUGUGCCAGCUCAGACACCUCUCCCCUGUGUGAAGUUACGAAGCGUGUGAAGUGCAAGGUUUGGGGGCGCAGCCUCCACGUUGCCCGUUGAGUUGUAGAUACUCUUGUUGUUGCUCAGUCACAUUGCAGGCCUAAGGAUCAGAACAAUCUCGAUUUCCACUGAUCUAUCUGUCAGCCGCUGCGAGAGCUUUUUUGGCUGAAGAGCCGGAAAAGAUUUAAUACGGAAAUACAGGUGUACAGCACUUCCAGGAUUGGCACAUAGGAGCAAGCCCUUAGGCUUAGGCUGGUUGGCAGCAUCUUGCAUGGUAUGAAAGCCAAAUUUCAGGAGAAAUGGCAUGUCAUGUGCCUGAGUUGUCUGAGUUCUAGAGCAGCUGUUCAUGCAAGAAACCAGUCUUCACCUGCAGGGCAGCUGCCAUGAGGCCACGCCUGGCCUAAACCAGUUCACCAGAGUAUGCCAGCCCAGCCCAGGUAACCUCUUUCAUCUCGAGAUCUCUGCUUGAACCCGAUCAUAAAUAGGGAAAUGAGGGCUGUUGGAACGAAGCAGUUUUCAGCGUGGCUGAAGUUUGCAACCUUCCAAUGGCUCCCAUUGGCUCUGUCUGGGCAAACGCGCCAUUGAUGUAAUUAACCGUGGUGGGCUGAGCAACUUCGCUUCUUUUAAAACGAUCCACUUUCCUUUAACUCCCCGCAUCUCCUCUCUGCUUCUUAGGAGCUCUGUGUGCCGCAUGAGCAGCAAGGAGAAGAUCUCUGUCCAGGACCAGUCAAAGGAGCGCAAGACCCUGGGGACCAUUGCCGUCGGCGAGGAGGAGACCAGCUCUGCCUCGGAGGGGGAGGAGACGCCGCAUUCCAAUGGUAGGCGGAGCUACAUGGUGGGCAAUGGCCCUCAUUGGCCCAGAUCUCGGAAUGGUCUGGCACAGCCAAUUAGAUGCUAACUGCUUUCUCUCCUUUGGCAGAGGUGAAGGCCGCUCCCCCAACGGACAACAGUGCAGUGAAUGGCGUCUCCGUGACCCCUGUCAGCCCUGUCUCCCCCAGUCCCAUGGGGCAGAAGGUGAGGUUUUGCUCACCUGCACGAACCCUUAGCUUCUCCCUUAGGUGGAAAGGGGGGGGGUUGGCACAUCUCCAUGCCUCACCCCCCCCCCCGUCACCUUUCACAGUGUAGGCCUGGGGGCUGCUGGACUCCUAUCGAAAUCCAGCUCUUAAGAUUUGAGAGGUGACGAGCAGCAGGGCCUCUUAAAGAGACGUUUCCAGACACUUUUGCAUUCAUGGCGUUGGACUUGAGGCUGUAGGCCUCAGCUUACCCGUCUUGAGUAGUCACUUCACUAAGGGGUUCUCUUGGGAGGAGGGAGAAUGAAGAGUGAAGGUAGUUAGGGCUUCUGUGUCCUGGGAACAAGGACUCAGAGUUUCUAUGCAAUCGGCUUUUCAUGGGUCCUUGCAUGAAUGCUCCCCUCCCCUCUGGCACGCAACACUUGCUGAGUCCCCAUUUAUAACGUCUCCUGUCUUAACACACCAACACCUUCAUCUUGCAUGCUUGAUUAACCUGUCACCUCUCUUGCACCUACCCUGGGAUGAGGCCAGAAUAACCGUCGUCCUGUUUGGGACACCAGCACAGGCGAGUCUGGUGAUCUGAUUGGCAGGUGGCUCUCCAAGAAGAAGCCUCCUAAAUAAGUUGGCCGAGAUGGUUGGGCCUUGGACACACGGACAUUCUGGUGCCCGGUCGGCCAUCCUUUCCACCGCAUGCCAUUUCUGCCUGCACUGUGUGAAAUACGUCAGACUUUUGUGUUUUCUUUUUCUGCCUUUGUUUUCCUUUUCACAUUUCCUCGUACGCUUUCCAUCCGCUUCUGGCUUGCACCUCGCCCUGCUUCUUGCUUCCUUCCUUCCGCCUGCCCACUCCAGCCACAGUUUGCCUUCAUCACCCCUGUUCUGCCCAUCCCCAGCCCUCUGGGGCCUUCCAUGUGGCGGCAAAGCUUGCGCAAAACAGGGAUCAUUCUGGUGCCCCAGAAGGAGCAAAAAGCUGCAGUGAGUGUCCCAUGCAAGGAGGGGGUGUGGAGAGAAUGUGCCAUUGUGGGUGUCGUUUCCCCCAUUAAUGGUUUGGCACAAUUGCCUCUUAAGCUGGUACCUUCCAGAUGUUGGGCCACAAUUCCCAUCAUUCCUGUUGGCGCUGUUGGCUGAGGCUCAUGGGAGUUGGAAACCUGAAAUCUGGACGGCACCAGCUUGGAGAAGGCUGGCAUUGUGAGACCAAGGCCUUAAAAGAAGCUGGGCAUUUUCUUGCCUGGUGAGUCACCACUGGCUGUGUGUUUUGAGAGCUGCUUUAAUCAGAUUAUUGUGGCGGACCAGGCCCCACUCCUGGUUGGGAGGCUUUUGCAGGGGCCUUCAGUACCUCCAGUCCAAGCCACUGCCACAUACAGCAAACACGUUCUCGGAGCACCAACUAGUGUGUAUACAAGAAAGAGGUAUUGGGAGACUGGAGGGAAACCUCAAGAAAUUAUUAGAGAGCCAGUGUGGUGUAGUGGUUAAGAGCGGUAGUCUCGUAAUCUGGGGAACCGGGUUCGCGUCUCCGCUCCUCCACAUGCAGCUGCUGGGUGACCUUGGGCCAGUCACACUUCUCUGAAGUCUCUCAGCCCCACUCAGCUCACAGAGUGUUUGUUGUGGGGGAGGAAGGGAAAGGAGAAUGUUAGCCGCUUUGAGACUCCUUCAGGUAGUGAUAAAGUGGGAUAUCAAAUCCAAACUCUUCUUCAAAUCCAAAUUCUUGGGAUGCAGGGGAACUGUGGCGGGGCGGGUGCUAAAAGUGCCCCAACAGUGGGCAUGAAAUGAGGACUGACAGUGGGGGGAUGGGGUGGCAUAGUUGGGGGAAAGAACUGGGGUAUCCUUGAAAGGGGCCUGACAGGCUGGCUGGAACCCUGGAACAGGAGGGUUCGAACCAUGCAACGUUUUCUUGCAGGUCCCUUUUGUAUUUCCUAAGGCAGAUCCAUUUGCUAGAAAUGGGAGUUCUUGGGAUGACCAUAGACCUUUAAAAAUAUGCCAGCGAAAAACCUGAAAGUGUCUUUUUGGCCACUGAGUGGAACUGGGCUAGGUGGGUGUUCAGUCUGAUGUGUGCAGCAGGGGCAGCUGGUACUUUGUGGUUUCCAGCGAGUGCAGGUGUGGGAUUUUAUUUUUAUUGAUGGAGGAGGGGGUUCCCCCUGCAGAUAUAAGAUUGCUGAUACUUGGGAAGAGAGAGAAAGAGGUAGAGGUUGAAAGUGAGCUGCUUGUGGCCUGUGGGAUGGGGUGUUUGAGGGCCAGGAGUCCGGUGGGCUAUUCGGGGGGGGGCAAUACUAGGUUGGGGCAGAGGCUGCUGGGAACCUGGACACAGAGAGCAGCACGGCUCGGCCUGAGCCUGCCUGAGUGGGACGGGGAAGCCUGGCCACCAAGCCAAAGGCUUCCUGCGAAGGGAGGCGAUGUGGAAUGUGUUCCUGAAAGGGCUGCGGUCCAAGCCUUCCUCAGCAGGGAAGCCGAUGCAAACUUCUCAAAGCUCAGCAACUUCCUGACCAGCUUUCAAUGCUCCAUUCUGCCAAGGCAGCUUUCCAGGCCUGCUCACCUGCCAUGAACUCUGCUCUGAAAGCUUUCCAAGAUUCCCCAGGGCGGAUGCAUUAUGAUGUGGCUCUUGACGGUCCUCCUCAUUAAAAGCGCUGGCUGCUCUGCUUUGGAAUGCCCAGUCAGCAAGAGCCGCCGGGGGCGGGGAGGGAGAGAGGGGGAGCUCAGGGCAGCCUCAUUUUGAGAGAGGCCCCCCAAGUGCAUGGAGGUGGGGGGUGGCCCCUGGCAUGGCAUUUGUUGCAGCCCUGACACUUGCACAUCCCCCUCCCUGCCCCACAUGCCAUGUUGGACUUUGAUGCUAAAUAUGCAUAUGCACCCUUCCUUGUUGCAACCUUGAGUGAAGCAUUGCUUGUUAGCACUCCCAAGAAUGUCAUUAUGCAGAGGAGAGAGGCCUCCAUAGCUUGUCUGUUUAAUAGAAGCUGUUCCACAGUUCUGGCCAGAUCUCUCUUGUGAAUGUGGUGGGAAAGCUACAGAGCUGCAUCCACCCAGCGGAGCCAAAAUCCAGUCCUUUAACCUACUUCCAUGCCAAGACUUUGGCCUGGAACAUGCAGAGCAAUAACGAAACGUCUCUUGAGCAUGUGCAGGGUGGCUUUCUCCCAGCAAUCUUGGCAGCAUGCAAAUCUUUUUGAGGGGAGGAUUCCAGGGAGUUGGCGGUUUUGACCUUCCCUGUAGUGCCUCUUGUUUGGGGAAAUCAAUGCUGGGCACUUGCUUUUAAAUCUGUCUUCCUGUAGAGACAAUCCCAGGAGGCCUGGCUCUCCCCUAGUUGGCUGCACAGCCCCCCAAACUCUGGCCAUGCCUCUGUUGCAUAGGUGUUGCUUCCUUCCCAAGGGAAAUCAGGAGGUCUGGUCUCCCAGCUCUUGUCUGCACCCUGCUGAGCCCUCUUUUCUUGAUUUAGGACUCAUAACAUCCUUCAUCUCCACCCUAGUCCUUCUCCUAGAUCAGAGUUUCCCAAACUUGGGUCUUCAGCUUUUUGGGGGGCUACAAUUCCAUUCAUCCCUAGCUAGCAGGACCAGUGGUCAGGGAUUAUGGGAAUCGGCGUAGGAAGAGGGGUACUCGGGUCCCCGCACUGCCCGAAACGGCAACGUGGGGCUUGCAUCCAUCAGGCGGACUCCGUGGACAGCUCGCCACACUGCCCCCCUGGGCAGCUCACCCUUCCCCCCCACCGCUCUAGGUACCGGAGCAGCUAGCUACGCCCUGAUGGGAAUUGUAGUCCAAAUACAACUGGAGGCCCAAGUCUGGGAAACCCUGUUCUAGAUAAUUGAGAGCCCCGUUCUCUAGCAGUGCUUGCUUGCUGUCCAAGGAGCCGUCAGGUUCUGUGCAAAGGAUCCCCACAUAGCCCUGCCUGGUUAUUCCCUGCCUGUCCGCUCCUAACUCCAUUGUCCCGAGUUUCUCAAGUUCCCUCCAUCCAUCCUGACUCCCCUUCCUUCCUCUUCUCCCCACUUCCUCUGUCUCUUUUCUCCUCCCCUCCCACUCCCACCCCAACAGUUCUCUGGAGGCUCCAGCCGCACCAUGGAGCCAGAGGACACGGCAGCUCCUGCCAUCUGGAAGCAGAGCCUACGGAAGACCAGCAGCUUUGGGGUGCUGCAGGAUGCAAAGCUGGAGGAGGAGGCGGCUGCCAAGGAGGGCAGCGGCAUCAAGCGGUCGGCGUCCAGCCCCAGGCUUGAUACGGAGGAAAAGGUAAGCUGUGCCGUUACAGUACCUGAGUGAGUAACUUUGGGGGGGCAGCAUUUCAAUUCAGCUUGGCAGCAUUGGAUUGGAGCAGAAGCAAGGAUCUUUCCAUUCGCUAUGAUGAGGCAGUGAUGGAGCACUUUAAGGCUCUGUUAGGUGCAAUUAAGAUUCAUUCUGUUUCUUUCCACCAAUUGGCCUCCUAAGCAGUUUAUGGUUUGGGUUGUUUUUCUUUUAAGGGUGAGAUUAGAUUUAAAACAGUGUCAAGUAAGAUAAGAAGGAAACCAGCAACAGACAAAACAGUGCAGUAGACAGCAACUGAAAAUUACCAAGCAGUCUCGGAUUGUAUCUCAUCUGGCAGAAGCACGACAAGACUUACCCGGGUGCCUAAAAAUGGCAGAAUAUGUAACAGGCAGAUGUUUGGGGAGGACAUUUCAUCAUCAGGACAGGGGUGGGGGCACCCAGAGCAGGGCAGCUGCCGACAACCUCAGUGCACACACUGGUGCAUACAGGAGAAUUUCUGUUUGUACAUUGCGUAUCCCUAGCAACAUCUUGUGAUACAGGCAGGCUUGUGUGCAUUCCAUUUGCUUUCUCUCACUUGGAAUUUAGCUUUUGGUGUUCAUUUUCUUAAUGUUUAAAAAUAGUAAGCUGCUAGCCCUUAGGGCUGCACAGGUAUUCUUGAAAGCAUUUUGGAGAAACCACAGCUGGAGGAGGGCAGGUGGGUCUUCCAGGGAUCCGAAGGCAGAGUCUUCUGCAUAGGACACCGCUAACAGAAGCAGUAUUAAGUUAUAGGAAGCAAGCCAAUAAGUAGAAGCCAUAACCCAGUGGUAGAGCAUAUGUGUUUGCGUGUGGAGAGUUCACUCUCUUAGCAUCUCUGCUUGGAUAAAUGGAUCUUGGGAAGCAGAGCUUGGAAAGUCCUCUGUCUUGAGGCCUUGGGAAGUCUCUGCCAAUGAGAGGAGAAGAUACGGACGAGAAGGACCAAUGUCUUGGCUCAUUGUAAAACAGCCUCAUUGGCUCACCUUUUGCCUCUUUUGGAUAUCAUGGCAUAGCACUUGAAUUAACCUUGAUGUGGGUAAAGAUAGAUUCUUCUAGUGCUCUGGUUUAACUCUUAAAGUUUGCAGGCAGCUUCAGAAAUAGCCUCUGCACAUGCUCAGAGGCGUUGGCUGUGGGAUCGCCCACAUAAUGGCUGAGCACCUGUAAGCUGAGCGACUGUUUUCUCUGAACAAGUGCAGAAUGCCUUUUUAGUCUCCUUCAGCCAGCCUAAAUAUUUCUGGAGUCUUAAACAGAUACGGCUUCUCAGCUGGGGAGACAAACACACCUUGUAUUGUAACUUAAACACCAGGACAAAAUUGAAAGGAGGCCAGAGAGUUCCAGAAGAGGGGAGGCGUUUUUCUGACCUUCUCCCCAGUUUCCAUCUCAAGAAUUAGCCGCCUUAUGGGAAGAGAGCCUGCAGUUAUGCAGGACCCCUCAUUCCAGCUGGGUGGCUUCUCAAAGGGGGAUUUCAGGGCGUGUGGGGUUCUGCCACGAGUGUAGCCUCUUCUUUGCCCUCUUCUCUUUCUUUCUCUCUCCCUCCUUCCUCCCCUCUCCUCCUGACCCCAACCCAUCACUGCCUGUUACACCUGCAGCAAGACAUCCGGGAGCUCUUACGGAAGUGGAACAAGAACCCCAUUGGCCCAGGGUUAGCCAAUAGGAGCACAGCUUCUGAGCCAGCGGGUGAUGCGGUAGGAGCCUCUGCCCAUUAGAGGGUGUGGCUGAUUACCUUGCUUGCUUGCUAGACAGCUUGUUGCAUUUGGGGGGGGGUAGGCGUGUGGGGCUUAGUUUGAGAGCCAUGGGUUUGUGCGGGAUGGAAUUCCCUUGGGCAGGGAUCCCCCCUACCGGGGUCAAUUGGGGACAAUAAAAAUCUUAUCCGGAAUGCCCUUUUCCGUUCCGUCCUUUGGUGUGGUUUUCCUCUUAACUCUGCCCUCGCUCCCUUGUUUCUUUGACCUUUCUCUUGUCUCGGCCACAGCUACUCGUAAGCGUCGCUGCCGUGUUAGGCAUCGGGCUCAGUGCUGCUCUCUGGUAGAGCAGUGCCUCUGGUAUCCGUCAAGAAAGUCAUGAAGCAUCGCUUUAGACAGCCAGAGCUUGUGGUAUCUGGCCAAAAGCACAGUCCAAGCUUCCCAGGUCUCCAGCUGGCUUCUGAGCUGCUCCCCCUCUUGGGCAGAAUGUGAAUUCACAGUGUUAACAGUAACAGCACACAGGGAUUCCCCCUCAUUCCCUCUUUCCCCCCUUUUUUACAGAGCAAAGAGCCACGCCUGGCCCGCGUAACUCCGACCCCGACUCGGCGGAUAUUUGCCCUCCCAGACACGGAGCCCCACCGGGAUCCCAGGCGAGCGUGAGUAAUCAACCAGCGGCGAGCCAACUUAUAGCACUUGGGAUCGAUACUGUUGUCAGGGAGACACUCCAGUAUGAAGCUCUCUGCACGACAGGAUGGAUCUUCCCUUCUGUUUCAUCUUCACAUGCCACCCUGGGCGUUAGAAAGAAAUGUGAUGAAAAGGAACGAGCUGAGUUGGUAGUAAGGCGUUCUGCCCUUGACUCUGGAGGAGUGCAAGAGGAAUACAGGCCACAUUCCUUUUUGUAUUCCUCUCUGCACUCUGGAGACAGGAGCAAUGUGUAAUCCCUUCCUGAACCGGGUCGCCUUUGGACGUCAUUGGGCUUCCUGCUCCCAUCAGCCCCAGCCAGCGUGGCGAGAAGCAGGGGAUGAUGGGAGUUGUAGUGCAGCGACCUCUGAUGGGCUCUAGGUUGGAAGACAUAAGAUUAAACCAUGGAAGCCUCGUUGCCAGGUCAGCCGGGAUGAGCCUGGAGUUGGGUUCACCUGAGAGAGAAGUGUGGUAUGGAGCAAGACAGAUAGGAGGGGGAGCGGGGGAGCCUCCGGGAAUUGCUGCUGCCUGGGCUUCCUGCAAGCCCCACUCACCUUACUGGUGGUUAGGAGCAUGGGCCGCGUUCCUUGGGUACUCAGCUUCUUGGGCGGAUGUGAACUCUAUUGUCUGUCUUCAGCACGUCUCUUAUCUUGCCUUUUCCGUAUCUUGUUUUCAUUCCCCUUUCACCAUCUGUAAUUUGGGGCUGCUGACAGUAGUGUCCAAAGUGACAAAAGGUCUGAAGUGGAUUUUAAGGGUUCUUGGGUUAUUUAAUUAUUUCAUAGAACACUCUUCCUAAAGUUUAUCACUGAGCGCAAAUGGUUGGCGGCAGGGGGCAGCAUAGACUUCGAAGGAGGAGUUCUGAGACUGAGUAUCUUUAAAUAGAAGUCAGGUUGCUUUGGGAAUGUAGCUAUGUCUUCCCUUGCCCAUAAGAAAGGAUUAAUUAAAGAUUUGCCUUGCUGCAGUGGUGGCGAAUAAAAUACUAACAUUAAAAAUAAUUUGUGCAUCAGGCAUGCUGUAUAUAGCCAUUUCAAAGGAGGACCAGCCAGUGAGGAAAAGCCUCUGCGGUCAAUUCUAAGUGGUUUGUGGCUCAUACAAGCAAGAGCCUGUACCAGGGGUGGGGGCUUAACUCACAUGUUUGGGAGACCCCUGGGUCACAGCAGGAGUUCUAGGUAACCAUGGGGUUGUUGGGAGUGCAAGCGAAAGGCCUUCUCAGGGACCUCCUCUGAACACACUCUCUUCCGCGUGCUGUCUCUCUUUCUCCCUCUUUCCUUUCUCUCCUCCCUCCCCCCCCCCCCCGCAGAAACUUAGAAGGUGGCCUUCAGAUGAAGAUAGACACAGCCCUUGCCCCACACCAGCCCCCUUCUUCCACUGCCAUCAGCUCUGGCAUGGAUCCCCGGGACCGCCGAAGGUGAGGGUUGGGGGGGCCCGGGGCAGGCAGACUACGGAAAGCAAUUAGGGUCACGAUAGACGGGCUCGUCUCUGUAUCCAAGGAGCGGGGUUUCCUUGUUGAUGCGGCACCGGCCGGUUCUCUGCUGCUUCUCUUGUUUCUAUAUAAUCUUUCCUUUUCUGUUGACUCUUCAUCACUGUUACGACGGCAGCCACAUCUUGGUGCCGGGGGGGGGGCGGGGUAGGGGGGAGCAGUGCUUGCUCACCACCUGCUUUUGCUGCCUCUGAUGUUGUAGAGUUGGGAGGGGGCUGAGGGUCAUCUAGUCCAACCCCCUACAGUACAGGAAUCUCAACACAUACCCCCCAUACAAUUUGAAACCAUACCAGUCCCUGAUUCUUGCAAUCGUGCUAGCAGUGCAUGGAGUGUUAGGGGAGGGGUAGUAUCUCUGGUGGGGGACACGUCAUUCUCCUUCAGGGGUAGUUUGUCCCCCUUUGGUCCCCACCCUGCACUCUGCUCUCACCGUGUGGCUCCUAGAAGCUAGGAGUGAGCUUAUCUACGAGGCAUCUGACCUGUCUCAGAGCAUUCUGUGCCCAGUUGGGCAGGCUGAAAGGGGCAUCAGAGGGAGGGCAGGCUUGCAUUUUCCCACUCCACAGUCAAGAAGGUUGGGAGGAAACUACCAGGGUAGGCAAAGGGACAUGCCUAGCAUUGCAGUCGUACCUUGGAAGUCAAAACGAAAUCCGUUCGACUUCCAAAAUGUUCGGAAACCAAAGCGUGGCUUCUGAUUGUCUGCAGGAAGGUCCUGCAGCCAAUCGGAAGCUGCAGGACCCGUUUCGGACGUUUGGGUUCCAAAGAACAUUCACAAACCGGAUCACUCACUUCCGGGUUUGCGCAUUCGGGAGCCAAAACGUCCAGGUACCAAGGCGUUUGGGAUCCAAAGUACGACUGUAGUAGUAGUAAUAAUAAUAAUAAUAAUAAUAAUAAUAAUAAUAAUAAUAAUACCAUUUGCACCCCACCCAUCUGACUGGGUUGCCCCGGCCAUUCUGGGUGGCUUCCAGCAUAUAUAAAAACAUAGCAAAACAUUAAACCUUAAACAGCUUCCCUAUAAAGGGCUGCCUUCAGAGGUUUCCUGUUAUAUAAUUUACCCAUCUCCUUAACACCUGAUGAGAGGGCUUUCCCCAGGGUGGGUUCCACUACCGAGAAGGCCCUCUGCCUGGUUGCAUAGUGCUUCCUUCCCAUUACUGAAGCAACCAGCCAGGGCACAGGCUCUGAGGUGGUUGGCAAGUAAGAAAGGGGAGGCCCCUUGGAGCAACGGAAGGGGCACGAAGAGAAAGCCUUGUAAAUGGUGCCCAAACCCUCCGUUCCUCUGCCAGGUCGUACCAGACGCCCGUGCGGGACGAAGAGUCAGAGUCCCAGAGGAAGGCCCGUUCGAGGCUCAUGAGGCAGUCCAGGCGUUCCACGCAGGUAGGUGUUGGUGCAGGUCAUGGUGGUUCAAGCGUGGAGGUACCACUAAGCAGACCGGAAGAGGGGACGGUCGGGAAUAAGGGAACACACUUGUCUGGCCUAGCUCAGAGACUUAGCAAGGAACUCUUGCUGUGUUGUGCCAGCAUCAGCCUCUAGGUGGCGGGGUGGUUCUCUGUUUGGCGCAUGGUUUUCAUGUGUCUUUCCUUCUCUUCUCACUUCAAGGGUGUCACCCUCACGGAUCUGAAGGAGGCUGAGAAGACCAUGGGCCGGGCUGGGGACUCCAGAGCAGCCCCGGAGCAGCGAAACAAGGAGGACGAGAAGCAUGACAAAGAUGGAGAGCAGCAGUCCCAGGAGACUACGGUAGAGAUGGCAGGAGGCAUAGGGGCUCUGGUGGGGUGGAAGGCAUGGAAGCCAAGCCAGUGGAGGAACUUCUGGCUUGCUCAGAGGGAACCACGAUAGGUGUAUCUAUUCCGAGGCUAUUGCUCUGAUCUUGGGUGAUUAGAAUUGUUACCUGCCUUUUCAGGAUACAGAUCUUCCCAAUACAGGUAAAAUCAGGCCAGGUCAUGGCAGGCAUUGUGUGUGGUAUCCACUUCCAACCUUCGUGACAGGUGCUGGGCUAUUUGUAUCCAUCAGACUGCACAGUGUGGGUUCCUUGUCUGCACUGGGUUGGGUGAGAGCCUGCUGUGUUUUUGCAUGGUGCAGUGGCGCCCAUCACCCAGUCUGUUUCACUCAUUCCUUGCUUUCGUUUGGCCCUCCGCAAAUUGCUGCCCUGUUCCCUUGCGCCAGCGUGCAGCCUAUGUGUAAUCUAUCUCCCUUUUUGCUUUUCCCCUGAUCCUAACCCUGCUGCCUCAUGCAGGACUCUUCUAGGAGAUUCCGGCUUCCGAGUUCAGAAGGUUCUUCGGUUUAUACUGUGAAUCCGUUAGUGGUGAAUUCGCAGCCCAGAAAAGGUAACAACUUUUGCGCCCUCUUUCCCUUUCUGUUUUUCAACUCCCUCAUUUGGCAUGUUUAGCUUUGGGCCUCUAGGAAUUUCUGUACUACUGCAAAUUUCUUCUAAACCUUCCACAAUCUCUCCUGAGCUCCAUUGCUGAUAUUGUGACAUAUUCAGUCUACUGGCAUGCAAGGACCUGAGCUCAGCUGCAUGUCUUUUUCUGUCCGCGCUGCAGUCUCAGAAGCCGAGGAUACCAGCUCAGAGGCAGAUUCGGAUCUACGGAACAGACUCGCCAUCAGGGACCGCAGGAAAGGCCGACGGCUCGUCUCCAGACUGGGAGAGAACUCGGAGGUGAAUGCGGCAGUGGACUUAGUCGGGGCUGUUGCGCUGAAAUGAGGGCAGAGUUUCAGGACCAUCUGUAUGAGGCUUUGUGCCAUUCUGUCGUUGAGAACGCGGCAGCUGCCUUGUACAAGCACCCAAGUUGUCUGCACAGACAAUUUAGGGCAGACCUUAAACCCCCCCCCCCCAACUUCUCUCCCCCUCCCCCUUUAGGGUGAGGAUGAUGAAGACAGCGAGCAAGUCAACAAUGAAGAUCCAUCAGGACAUGGCAGGUAGAUUCCUCUUUGGGAUCCAGCACUUCAAACUGGGGUGUGGAGAAGGGGCUUAGGGGGGUAGGUUGACUCACAAGUUGCUGCCUGCCUGCCUGCCUGCUGAUGCUUCUUAGUACUCGUGCCAUUCAUAUUGUAAGGUAAAGGUAAAGGGACCCCUGACCAUUAGGUCCAGUCGUGACCGACUCUGGGGUUGCAGCGCUCAUCUCGCUCUAUAGGCCGAGGGAGCCGGCGUACAGCUUCCGGGUCAUGUGGCCAGCAUGACUAAGCCGCUUCUGGCAAACCAGAGCAGCCCACGGAAACGCCGUUUGCCUUCCUGCCGGAGCGGUACCUAUUUAUCUACUUGUACUUUGAUGUGCUUUUGAACUGCUAGGUUGGCAGGAGCAGGGACCGAGCAACGGGAGCUCACCCCGUCGCAGGGAUUCGAACCGCCGACCUUCUGAUCGGCAAGUCCUAGGCUCUGUGGUUUCACCCACAGCGCCACCUGCGUCCCAAUUCAUAUUGUAGAAAGACAUUAAUGCUGGCCUCAGGAGGAUGGUGGGGUUUUUUAACGGUGACCCAAAAUAGUGCAAGAUCCAAUAGUCUUAAUAUGCAAAUUUCGACACGAGGUUUUGCUAAUGUCCCAAUCCUUGUGCCUUAACUUUCAGACCAUUCUUAAAAUUAUAUACUGCCCACCUGGAUUGCAGUGUGAGGAGCCACCCGAGGGGUGAUCUCGCAUAAUAUUGGUCCCCCUUUUCUUUUUCAGCGAACACCUAAACAGCGUCCUGUCAAACCGGACAGCUCCCUACAGCUGCCAAAGACAGAACAGCAAUUUGGGCUGCAAAGAGGAACCUGAUCACUAUUACAAGAAAGUUAGUUGUUUUGUUUAUGUUUUCAUUUCAGGCAUUUAUACCCCACCCUCUGGCCUAAAAGGGUCUUGGAGCAACUUACAGAAAUCAGUACUAAGAUUUCUUAAAACGUCAUGACACACAAGGAAAAAGGAAUGGGAGGGAGGAGGGAGCACAAGUUCUAUAUCAACUCACAUGAUUGGAAGUUGGGGCUCUUGGGUUGAAGGGAUAUGGGUGGGAAAGGGAUUCAUAGGGAUCUCAGUACCUUAUUCGGUUUAUUUUACCAUGUGUGUCUGUGUGUGUGACCCUAAGCUGUAUGAAGAUCUCGUGAUCGAGAAUGAAAAACUGAAGGAGCAGCUACAAGAAGCACAGCUACAGCUGACGCAGAUCAAGCUGGAGCUGGAAAGAGUGACCCAGGUAAGGAACCGGGCAGAGCAGAAGCUUCUCGGCUGGGUGGCAGCUGGGACACAGUGGGGACAUGAAGAGCAACAGGCAGCUCUGCGAUGGAUGUGGUGUGUUUUAUAUGUACCUGGUUUCCAUGCGUACCUAUUGAGAUACAGCGUUAUUGAGAUAAGGGGCGUGUUGAAUUUUUCAAAUCCCAACAGUGAGGGGUGCUAAAAAGUUGUAACAUGACCUGGGAAUUCAAAAGACAUUUUAGUUAAAUUAAUAUAAUAUAAUUUAGUUUAGCUUGGUAAUUAAAAUGUGUGUAAAAUUCCAUAUAAAUCAUUAAAAAUGAUUGCCACAUACUUGGAAGUUGUUAUUAUUAUUAUUAUUUAUUAAUGUAGCAUUACCUGACAUUUUCAGAAGGUAAAAUUUAAAUCCUUUGGUUUCCUGAAAGCAGUUUAUGUGCUCCUUCAUCCCGUGCUGCCUCCCGCCCCCAUUUUUAACACAGUCUUUGGAGGGGGUAGAAUUUUUGUUUAAUACAGGCAUCCCCAAACUCGGCCCUCCAUAUGUUUUUUGAGACUACAACUCCCAUCAUCCCUAGCUAACAGGACCAGUGGUCAGGGAUGAUGGGAAUUGUAGUCCCAAAAAAUCUGGAGGGCCAAGUUUGGGGGUGCCUGAUUUAAUAGAUAAACAAACCCCCUCUCCCCCUCAAAGGUUGGGAGCUUCAUUGUGUUGGGUACCUUAUGUUGUGUGUUUUGUUUCGUUGUUCACCCACAGAGGCAAGAGCGUUUCGCCGAGCGGCCGGCUCUCCUAGAGCUGGAGAGAUUUGUAAGUACCUAUUUUUGCCUCUCUUUUUCUUCCCUUGCCGAGUGUUAAGGAUUCUGCUGCUACAAACGAACUGAAUUGCAAGACAUGUUUGAUGCCUUCCGCUGGAGAAGCCUGGGAACGAGCCCAGCUCUUUGAUAGUCACAGGAAGGGAAACUAUACUAGCGUGAAUCCCUCUGCUGCCCCCUGUGGGCCCGGAGGGGUUAUCCUUUCGUUCUUUAGCGGAGUGGGGGGGUAGAUGCAGGUGUACCCCAGGGGUUUCUGAGAUUCUUAUAAAGUAUGCUUUGGUGUGUCGACCUUGGCUUACCCAGCCAGAUGCUUCUUGUGAUCUUAAGCAAGAGUGUAUGUUCAGGAUCACUUAAAAGUAGGUUAGUUACUGCUAACCUGUAAAGAGCUUCGUAAAGCUAACACACACACAAUACAGAUGGUACCUGACCCCGGUCAGGCUGGCAAAAAUGUAUAAAAACUAGUGAUGUCUGAUGGAGAUACAACAAUGGGGCAGGAACCUUUCUACAUAUGUGGUGAGAGUGCAAAGAGAGAGUGGGAUUCUGGGAAAAUAUAACGAACUGAAAAAGAUGUUUUGAUUUUCAUUUGAAAAAAAACCAGAAUCCUUUCUCCUAGGUAUCAUGUCAGAGGAAAUAAAAAGAACGGUCAGACCAAUCUUUAUGUAUGCAACUACGACGGCAGGGUUAUUGAUUGCCAAAAAUUGGAAAAGUAGCAGCGUCCCAACUAAAACAGACUGGUUAUCUAAAAUGAUGGAAUACUUCCAUAUUGCCGAACUAACAGGGAGGAUAAGAUGAGAUAUGGUACAAAAAGUGAAUAAGGAGUGGGCUAUCUUUAAGGAAUACAUCAAAAUUUAUGUGGAAAAAGCAGAAUUUCUAACAGAUAUUGAGUGAAUCCAGAAAAUGAUUAGAGCGAAAGGAGAGUAAAGUCAAUAUAGAAGAAGAGAUUAAAGAAAUAAUGAAAUGCGUUUAAGCUAGUUGGAAAAAUAAAGUAGCGUAACAAGAACAGCUGGAAGUCAGGUCACUUGGUGGGUGUCCGUGUGGGGUAGGUGUGUAGGUAUGUUGACAUGUACAGUAUAAAGGUAAAGGGACCCCUAACCAUUAGGUCCAGUCGUGAUCGACUCUGGGGUUGCGGCGCUCAUCUCGCUUUAUUGGCCAAGGGAGCCGGCGUACAGCUUCCGGGUCAUGUGGCCAGCAUGACUAAGCUGCUUCUGGCGAACCAGAGCAGCGCAUGGAAACGCCGUUUACCUUCCCGCCAGAGUGGUACCUAUUUAUCUACUUGCACUUUGAUGUGCUUUCGAACUGCUAGGUUGGCAGGAAUGUACAGUAUAGGUAGGUAUUAUAUAGAGUAAUGUAGGUAUGUUUUAUGUUAUGAAAAUAAGGUAGUGUGUUGUGUAUGUGUAAAUGUGUAUGUAUGUGUUUUAUAUGUUAAUAAAUUUUAUAUUAAAAAAUAACGCACACACAUAGGUGGCAUUUUAGGACACACAAGAGUGAAGUCAGCCCACUUCUGGCCUGAAGGGACUGGCUUUCCCUAAAUACAUUCUUGGAGCUCCCCUGCCCCCUUUCCCAUUAUCCUCACCUUUGCCUCUUCUCCCUCCAGGAACGCCGAGCUUUGGAGAGGAAAGCAGCAGAGCUAGAGGAAGAAUUGAAGGUAAUUCCCACCGGGUUGUAUCAGCCGUCAGGUCUCAUCCUGGAGUUUGACGGAGAGAAGCUGUGGCUUGGUCGGGGAGGGUGGAGGAUUUUACCGGUGGCACAGGUUUUGUCUUACUCGUCUUCUCUCUUGCAGGCUCUUUCGGAUUUGAAGGCAGACAACCAGCGUCUCAAAGACGAAAACGCCGCUCUAAUCCGUGUGAUCAGCAAACUCUCCAAGUGA